GCUCACCUUUUCAGAUAAAUCCCGUCUCAGGUAAGACAUCAAAGCAGCUACCAAUUGCACAUUCCAUUAUCAUCAUUAAGUGAACUCAUGACCGGUAAUAUACUGUUAAAAGAAAGAUCUGUACAUAAUUUCUGUGUAUUUAUGUCUAAACAGAGCUACACGGGUGCAGCUUUUUACCUUUGUUAAAUAUGAAAACGUGGGCGGAGUUUGUGCUUUAUGACAAUAACCAGGACAGUGAACUGGAAUGAUCUUAAUCGUGACAAGCAAUUAAAAUGGGCCAUAAUUAUACAUAUCACAGACUACAACCAAACAAGGAGGAGGCCAUUCCCACACAGAUACAUAUACACUCACACACACACAUGCGCAGGGCAUCAUCCACCCACUGAGACAAUGAACAAUCAGUCCUCGGUGAUAAAUGCCAAAGUCUCUUCCUCCAAGCUUCACUCAGCCUCUACAUGAAUAUUCUGCUUGGAUCAACGCAGCUGUGACCAUGGACUUCAAGAUUCAACAGACGAAAAAUGGCUGGAUUACAAUGAGGCAGCAGGUGUGGGAGAGAUCUUGUAAGGUCUGUGUGGGCCUGUAGCGUGAUCGGCAAAGAGCACGGGGGAGAUGAGGACGGUUCUUCCUCUGUGUGGAGGUGAUGAUGAGGGGGAGCUCCGCAGCCUCCGCAGCAGGGUUGGCAAGAUGAAGAGGCUCCUGUGGCUCAGGUCGAGUCCUUGCGUGGGUGUCCACAUGGACACACAACCUGGCGUGUGGCUCAGGAGCUUCCAGAUGUUGGACACAGAUGGGCAGAAUGAGGACCCGGUGCAGGAGUGGGGUGAGGAAGUGGAGGAUGGAGCCGUGUUUGGCAUCACUCUGCGCAGGGAGCCCGCUCUGACGAGCUCGGACUCGCUGGAGCUCUUACCGGCCUUCGGCUGCGUUCAGUACCACACAGUGAAAUUGCGCAGGCUCAAGGCCGCUACUUUGGAGCGCCUGGUCACCCACCUGCUGGAGCCUGAGCACAGGGAGCCUGACUUCAUCCAUGUGUUCCUCUCCACCUACAGGGCCUACACCUGCACCAACACCCUCAUUGAGCUACUGUUCCAGAGAGACAAAUCAUUCACCAACCCGGAUCAAACCGUCUACCCAUGCAGUUCUUUACUUCCGGUGGUCCGGCUGUGGCUGGCAGAAUACAGCGAGGACUUCCAGGAGCCUCCUGACUUCCAGACCCUCAGAAAGUUGUGUGUCCACCUGCAUCGCCACCUCCGCUUUAGAUGUGUGGCUCGCGCUGCUGAUGCCUUGCUCAAGAGGCUCCAGUUGCAAGAUUGCAGUCAGUCUGCAUCAGAGCAACACAGUGAAUCGUUGCAACAGGAGCAAAGCAAUCAGGAGGAUGGAGGAGAAACGUCCACUAAGGAGGAGAAACACGACUUCAUGGACUUUCCUGUAAGAGAAGUGGCAGAGCAGCUGACCAGAAUCGAUGCUGAGCUGUUUGUCAAAGUAGUGCCCUUCCACUGUCUGGGCUGCAUUUGGUCCCAACGUGACAAGAAAGAAAACCGAAACCUGGCACCGACGGUUCGCGCCACUAUCUCCCAAUUCAACGCAGUCACCAACCGUGUCAUCACCUCUCUCCUCUGCCCAUCCUCGCCCAACCCUUCCACUUCCUCUCCCAUCUCAUCACCCCGCUCGGCCUCGACCUUCCUGUACCCAUCUUCCUCUUCUGCCCCAAGCUCCCCUCGAUGCUCACACACCAGCCCCAUUCACAGAGCACGCAUCAUUGAGAAGUGGAUCGCCAUUGCACAGGAGUGCAGGCAGCUAAAGAACUUCUCUUCUUUAAGGGCCAUCCUUUCAGCCCUGCAGUCCAACGCUGUGUACCGCCUCAAGAAGACCUGGGCUGCUGUGAGCAGAGAAAGCAUGAUGACCUUUGACCACCUCUGUGAGAUUUUCCCUGAUGAGAACUGUGUGCUGACCGGUAGAGAGAUUGUAGAAGAGAGCUUCAGCAGUGGCGUUGUUCCAUACCUGGGUACUUACCUGACCGUCCUUACCAUGCUGGACACAGCACUCAACGACACUGUGGAGGGUGGGCUUAUCAACUUUGAGAAACGCAGACGGGAGUUUGAGAUUCUCAAUCAGAUUCGACAGCUUCAGGCUUUCUGUUCGAACUACGUCCUUCCAGUCAGCCCUCACAUCACUGCCUGGCUGCAGGAGCACACUCUGCUCACAGACCAGGAGAGCUAUGAGUUGUCUCUAGAACUGGAGCCUCCACUUGAUCCCUGCCCCGCCUCUCCCAACUUUUGGAGCAGCCGUCUCCUCAACAAGAAGCUCGCCUCGUUGCGAACAUCCAGUGAGAGCUCCCUCAGGAAGACCCACGCCGACCAGAUCAGCAUAUCGUCUUCUGGCUCCAGCAGUCUAGACAUGGAGGAGCUCUCCGUCCCUCAGCCCUCCCCGAUCGCACCCAAACUCAAGUCUCUUUCUGGCUCUCUUCACAACAUCACAGAGGACUUCUCCAUGUCCUCCUCCUCGUCACCAAGCCUUUCCAGCUCGUCCUGCAGCUCCUCACAGCCAGAUCUCAGCUCUUCCUCUCUGUUGAGUCCUGAAUCAUCAUCACCAUCCUCAUCUGGCUGCUCUCCUCAGGCAGUUCAGCCUGUCUACAACAAACAGAUUGCUGACUUGUGCAUCAUCAGGGUCAGCGUGGAGUGUGCCACCAAUGGAAAUGUCUACAAGAGCAUACUGCUGAGCAGUCAGGAUCACACACCUCAGGUGAUUGAAAGAGCUCUUGAAAAGCACAACAUAGAGGAUGCCAGGUGCAGCAACUUCAGCCUCUACCAGACGCUCAGCAGUGAGAAAGAGCUCCUGAUACCUGACAAAGCCAACGUGUUUUACGCCAUGUGCACAUCUGCCAACUACGACUUCGUCCUGCGCCAGCGCUGGAGGAGCCAUGGGAGACAAUUUGGCUCUUCCUCCAGCCUUGGCGCUCUGCCCAGGAAUCACCACAGGAAGUGAAAAGCAUCUACCCUGGCUGGAAAAAAAUGCUGCUAAACUAAGAGUUGGAACUGCUGCUCACCAUCUGUGGCUCUCCAUAUCUUCCCACCAUCAUGAGACAGUCGGUGAGAAGCAGAAAAGAGCGUCACAGAGUUCUUGUUUGAUCAGGAACAGCACUGAAAUGUGGACGCAAGAACUAUUCUGUGCUGUUUGGAAGAGAUGUCGGGGUUUGCAGAGAGACGUCAAAAAUAGAAGAAAAACCCAAAAUGUGUACAAUCCGAAUGUUUAUCCAGGAUCCUUUUUCCUUAGAUGAACACACUUGUACAACACUGUGGAUGACUGGGAUCCAUAAAUCCCAAACAAACCCAGGAAGAAGACGUGUGCUGUUGUUGAAGCACACGAGAAGCAGCUGGUCUGACACAAUGGCCCUUAGUUGUGACUCAGCAGUGGAAACCGAUAAAUGGAGCUGUGUGGCUGCACAAUCAGGCUGACAGCAGAACUUCUUCCUUCAGCUCAAUAAGCUGAAUUUUUAACAACAGCUGCUGACUUUACAUAGAACUCCCAGUAGAUCAAAAAUGAAAUAUGUCUGAUUCCAAUAAAGCUGAAUUUGCUGGACAACAGUGAAGAGUUGUCCCGAUACAGAGAUGAUGUUAGGAGAGUCUUUAAUAAGUAUUUACUUGUCUUUAGUAACAGAUUUAUAUAUUUUAAUGUAAUUAAAUAUAAUUUUAUCAAUUUAAAUUAUUUAAUGCAUUUCAGUAUUCAUAUCUAAAAGCAAAGUUGGGAUUAUUUAGAAUGUAUUUUUGUGUCCGAUCCAGUAUUUUUAGGCCUGGGCUUUAUUUUUGCAAUGUUUAGGGCAUCCUGUAAUAGAAAUAGAUUAAUCAGUUCAACAUUAAGUGGAAAAACAAAAACACCUCUAAUGUAUAGUGCUGAUAUCUUGCCUUUUAUUUUUACUAAUGCUAGUCAACAAACUAUCUGGAGCCAGGCUUUUCACUUUUUAUCAGCGUUUUUCUUUAGGUAUCUGUUAAAAUUCACAAUGAUCUGUAAGCAAAAAUGUGCUGACAGGAGUUUUCACAUAUUUGUAAUGAAGACAACUUUUUUUAAUCCUCAUAACAGAUUUCAAUAACAUGAAGUUAAGGUUUUUUGCUGUCCAUCUGUAACUUGGCUCUCACUUUUGAUUCCCAUCCAUUUGUAACAAUCCAAUCCUGUUGGUGGCAAAACCAAAAACAAAAUUUCUCCUUUGCUUACGCUGCAACUGUUUGGCGUUUGAUAAUAUUUCAGACCCUAAAAGAUGGGAAGUAAAGGUCCUGGUUAUAAAACAAAUACACCUUUUUUAUGAUAUGCAUAUUUUUGGCAAAAAUCCCUAACUAGCUUUGUUCCUUAUAAGCUAAAAGGAGUUUGUAUCCGUUUGAAUGAAGAAACCUUUUUUAUGUCUUCUGUGUUGACAUGAAGGAAAUUUUUUCUGUUGUAGUAAUUUGCACGUUUCUUACCUGAAAACUGCCAUUUCUGUGAAAAGUUUAACGUUUUAAAUGCUGGCAUGAAAGAUCACAUUUACAUGUCUUUCAAAGGCAGUCGUUCAGGUGAAACCACUGGUCAACAACAUCUGUAAUCCAGGAAAAUAAUAUAUGGACAGACUUUCCGUGAUGAUGGUGUAGAGGCAGUGUGGUGGUGCAGAUGGCUCUUGUAUGUGAACAUGAAGGUUCCAGCAUGUGUUUUACAUUCGAUACCAGUUUUUCUGUGAUGUGAAAUUUUCACCAGAACUACAAAGAAGCUUUUGCAAGUAUUCAAAAAAAAUUCUUUAAAAUUAUGCUAAUAGACUGAAUUAAUUAUGAAAAACGUUUGCACAAAGGUAAGGUCUUUCCUGAGUUUUCUGCAGGGUUUUGCAUCAGUGGGUCCAGGUUUAAGGCAGUUGUGGUUGGGUUAAAGUUGGGUGAACGGCUGGUGAAAUCAGGCCUGCCGGCUUCUACUGUCCAUCAUAUUAUUACUGAGUGUUUGACUUGAAAGUGAUGCCAGCAUUACUGUAUAAACAUGUAUUCUUCUUAUAUUUUAAGAGCUUUUUUAUUUUUUAAUUUUAAUCUGAGCACUUCCUGUACAUAAUUUGUAUUAAAUAUCCAACAAUAAAGAAAAUGAACCUUU